CCAGUUACUGGAACGGCACAGGUGGUGUCUACGGGAACAGGGCAGCAGGUGACCCUGGGUGACCGCAGGGCCGGGCGUUGUCACGACAGUGCCACCCCCGUUCCCAGCAGCUCUGAAGCCACCUCAGGACUCGGCCUCGGAGCGGCUCAACGGCAGAGGUCCCUACAUGAGACCCAAAUCCUCCAGGGCGCCGGAGUCCCUCAAGCGGGUCGGGAUCCCUGUCCUGGCCGUGGUGCUCACCCUCGCCUGCCUGGUCGCCAUCGGGUUCCUGGUGAAGAUUUACCUGGACCACCACUACCUGUUCUGCAAGCAGCCCCUGAAGCUGGUGCCGCUGAAGCAGGUGUGUGACGGGCAGCUGGACUGUCUGCAGGGCGAGGACGAGGCCAACUGUCCCCAGUGGGUCCCCGAGGGGCCACCAGCCAGGGCCCGCGUUUCCAAAGACAGAUCCAUCCUGCAGGUGCUCCACAGCCACUCUGGAGCCUGGUCCUCUGUGUGCCACGACCACUUCACCCCGGAGCUGGCCAGAGCUGCCUGUGAGCAGAUGGGUUACAGCAGCACCCCAACUUUCCAGGGCGUGGAGGUGAGCGUGGGGCAGCCGCUGCCUCCCCGCGAGGUCGCGCUGAGCAACGGGAGCCUCCAGGUGCUUGAUCCAGGCAGGAAAUGCCUCUCGGGGUUGGUGGUGUCGCUCUUCUGUUCCAGCUGCGGGCAGAGCGUGAGGACACCGCGGGUGCUGGGGGGCAGCCCGGCUGCCAUCGAGGCGUGGCCCUGGCAGGUCAGUCUGCAGUACAGGAAGGAGCACAUCUGCGGGGGCAGCAUCAUCGGGCCCGGCUGGGUGCUGACGGCCGCGCACUGCUUCAAGAACAACCCCAUCAUCCAGAGCUGGCGUGUGAAGGCGGGCUCCGACCUCCUGUCGGGCGCUGCCACCUUCGCCGUGGAGAAGGUGUUCCUGGCGGAGGUGACACCCGCGUCCCCCAAGGACAAUGACAUCGCCCUGGUGAAGCUGCGCUCCCCGGUGCGUGACUCAGACAGCACCAAGCCCAUCUGCCUGCCCUAUUUUGAUGAGGAGCUGGUGCCGGGCACCCCCCUGUGGGUGAUCGGCUGGGGCUACACGGAGGAGCACGGUGAGUGGCACAGCGGGAAGCUGUCGGAGCGCCUGCAGCAGGCCGAGGUGGAGCUCAUCGACAAGCAGAGCUGCAACCUGGCCGCCUACCACGGCGAUGUCACCGACAGGAUGCUGUGUGCCGGCCUGCCCCAGGGUGGAGUGGACACCUGCCAGGGGGACAGCGGCGGGCCCCUCCUGUACUCGGGCGGGCACUGGCAGGUGGUGGGCAUCGUCAGCUGGGGCCAGGGCUGCGGGACCCCCAGCACACCCGGCGUCUACACCAGCGUCCGUGCCUACCUGGACUGGAUCUACGCCGUGCGCAGGUCGGAGCUCUGAGACCUGCUGGAACAGGUCCCUCCUCGCGCCGAGCCUCCCUUCCUCUGCCCUUGCUCUGGCAGCAACAGGGACAUGGAUCUCCAGCCACGGAAGGUGAGCAGAGGCUCCCAAACCCUCGCUGGCAG